CACCGCCGCCGCCGCCGCCCCCCUCUCACGUGCGUUCGCUGCCACCGCAAUCCACGCCCCUCCUAUAGGUACCAAAACCCAACCGAAAAAUCAUCGGAUUUCCCAAAUCUCGGAGGAGAGAGAAAGCUAGAGAGAGAGAGAGAGAGAGAGAGAGAAUGAAGGGGAUGAGUCUCCCCCAUUUCACGUUCGAGCACAAGAGGGAUGCAUAUGGUUUUGCUGUCCGACCGCAACAUUUGCAGACAUAUAGAGAGUAUGCAAAUAUCUACAAGGAGGAAGAAGAAGAGAGAUCAGAUCGGUGGAAAAACUUUCUGGAAAGGCAAGCUGAAUCUAAUGAAAAACAAUACACCGAGGAGAGUUUGGUUGCACAGUCACAAGACAAUGGUGAUCAGAAGGACAAAGAGAAGUCCGAUGAGGAAACUGUGGAGAAGGAGGCUAAAACCCAUAAUAUUCAGAUAUGGUCUCAGAUUAGGCCCUCUCUUGCUUCCAUUGAACAGAUGAUGAGUUCCCGCGUCAAGGAUGCUAAGGAUUCCAAAAAAAACAGUGAGGAUCUAGGCAUAAACGCUAAUCAUCUUGCUUCAAUUGAAGAAUCAAGGCACUCUGAAGACUCCGAUGAUGAGUUCUAUGAUGUGGAAAGAUCGGAUCCAAAUCAGGAAGCGACUUCUGCUGAUAGCACUAAUGCCUCUAGUCAACAUGCAGCUCCUGAAUCAUCCUCCCCAUGGAAAGAAGAGUUGGAAUGUUUAGUUCAUGGGGGUUUGCCAAUGGCUCUGCGAGGAGAGCUAUGGCAAGCCUUUUUGGGUAUUGGAAUGCGAAGAAUAGAAGGGUACUAUAGCAACCUGCUAAAUCCAGAAAGUGAUAAUGGUGAUGACAAGGUUUCUGAUGCUUCUCCUUUGAAUAGUACUGACGAUGGAGCCAAAAGAUCCGAGAAGUGUGCACCUGAAAAAUGGAAGGUGCAGAUUGAGAAGGAUUUACCUAGAACUUUCCCAGGGCAUCCUGCUUUAGAUGAGGACGGAAGAAAUGCUUUAAGACGAUUGCUUACUGCAUAUGCUCGGCAUAAUCCAUCUGUUGGUUACUGCCAGGCCAUGAAUUUUUUUGCAGGACUAUUACUAUUGCUGAUGCCUGAGGAAAAUGCUUUUUGGGCUUUAACGGGUAUUAUUGAUGAUUACUUUGAUGGGUACUAUUCUGAGGAAAUGAUUGAAUCUCAGGUGGAUCAGCUUGCUUUGGAGGAGUUAGUGCGUGAGCGAUUUCCGAAACUUGUGAAUCAUCUGGACUACCUAGGCGUGCAGGUUGCAUGGGUCACUGGACCCUGGUUCCUUUCAAUAUUCGUGAAUACACUUCCUUGGGAAAGUGUUCUUCGCGUGUGGGAUGUGCUACUCUUUGAUGGAAACAGGGUCAUGCUAUUUCGUACAGCUCUUGCCUUAAUGGAGUUUUAUGGGCCUGCGUUAGUGACUACAAAAGAUGCUGGAGAUGCCGUUACCUUAUUGCAGUCCCUUGCUGGUUCAACUUUUGACAGUAGUCAGCUUGUUUUGACAGCUUGCAUGGGAUAUCAAGCUGUAAAUGAACUCAUACUUCAGGAUUUGAGGAAUAAACAUAGACCAGCAGUUUUAGCUGCUUUGGAGGAGAGGUCCAAAGGACUUUGUGCCUGGAAGGACUCCCAGGGUCUUGGUUCAAAGCUAUAUAGUUUUAAACAUGGAGCAGGAUCAAUACUCACAGAAGCGAACUCAACAGAUGGCUCAGGUGAGAGUGAGCUAAACGGGGACCUGGAUCAAACGGAGAUUGAUUCUGCAAAUAUAGAUGGUUUUCUCGGUAAUCUAACGACUAAUGGGGAGUCAGAUUCUGAACCUGAUUUCAAAGAACAGGUGACAUGGUUGAAGGUUGAGUUAUGCAGAUUGCUGGAGGAGAAAAGAUCAGCCCUUCUCAGAGCUGAAGAGCUGGAGACAGCAUUGAUGGAGAUGGUCAAGCAGGACAAUAGACGCCUUUUGAGUGCUAAGGUGGAGGAAUUAGAGCAAGAGGUAUCACAGUUGCAGCAAGUUCUUAAAGACAAGCAGGAACAAGAACAUGCUAUGCUCCAGGUUCUAAUGCGAGUAGAACAAGAGCAGAAAGUGACUGAAGAUGCUCGGAUAUUUGCAGAACAAGAAGCUGCUGCCCAGAAAUAUUCUGCUCAUGUGUUCCAGGAAAAGUAUGAAGAAGCCAUGUCUUUACUUGCGAAAAUGGAGAAGAGAGCAAUAAUGGCAGAAUCUAUGUUAGAAGCUACUCUGCAGUAUCAAUCUAGCCAAGACAAGUUACAAUCUCCAAGAACCCCUUCUGCGGAUAAUCAACCGGCAAGAUACAAUCAGGAUCCAUCUCAAGAUUUCCCUGCCAGAAAAGUAGGCUUGCUUUCUAUGCCAUUUGGACUCGGGUGGCGAGAUAAGAAUAAGGGAAAACCGAGCAAUAUCGAGGAGAACGUUGAAGUGAAGACCUCUAAUGGUCAGGGCCAGGAACUACCAGCUCCAGGCGACAAAGAUACGAACGGGCACCACGAAUUUGAGAAGGUGGAGCUUUGAUGGAGAUAAGUGAA